AACUCGUCAAACGCGAUGAAACGCUGGUAUAAAAGAGGGGCAGAUUGACCAGGUAUCACUAACCUGAGUUUCACAAGGCAAAGUAAGGCACUUGCAAGUAUUUACUGCAUCGUCUGAAGAUUUUGAAGAAAUCAUUAUUAUACUAAUAUAUCAGAACGUAUUUAAAAAUGAGAUCGUUUUGGUUGACGCUAUUACUGUACGCUGUUUUGAACGUGGGCCAAACCGAAGAAACAGAGUAUGUCAUUAAGGUAAGAACAGGGACAUCCUUUGGAGCUGGCACAGAUGCUAAUGUGUUUAUCAAGAUCAUUGGUACUGAUGGUAUUACCGCUGAACACAAGCUUGCAGGCUCAGGAGACCCCUUUGAAAAGGGCAGUCUCGAUACAUUUACUAUCAACGACAAUACUCAGAUCGGUGAUCUGACAGCUGUAAAGAUAAGAAGAGACGAAAACGGCUGGUUUGCAAAAUGGCAAUUGGAAAAGAUUGCUGUUCAAAACAAAACAUCUGGUAAAUGGUCAAUGUUUCCCUACGGCAGCUGGACUAGUCCAAACACGUGGAUUACCAUACCAGUGAGGUGUGAUGCUGAUUACAGGAAAAACCCCAAGACAGGAUCAUGUCAGGGACCGCUUUGUGGUACAAAGAUGUCAGCGGUAAGCUCUCGCAUCCUGGGAGGUCCAAGGGUUCUCCCUGCUAGUUGGCCAUGGCUAGGUAUUGUCGAGUUCGAUAAUGGUGGAAGAAUCUGCUCUGGUGCACUGAUCUCUCCUCGAUGGGUUAUGACCACGGCCUGGUGUGUUUAUAAGAAAAGACCUACACAAAUGAGAGUAAG